AUAUUUUUCCUAACAGGUUUAUUUACUCACAAUAUAUUUAGUUACAACUUGUUGACGUGUUUUUACUGGUUUCACGGUAGAAGUAAUACUAAGCUACUUUAUGAUUGUAAAUGAUGCUAUAAUUUUGUUAAAGUGUGUGUCGGUAGCUUUCUGUGGUUCUCCAAGUUCUUUCAAAUGGAGUAGUAUCUCAUUGAGGCUCGCAUACUGUCUGCUGUUAGUCAUCCCGGCAAUGAUGCUCGCACACUGCCUGCUUUUAGUCAUUAGUCAUCCGGGCGAAAGCAUUUUGGUCGCAGCAGUAGCUACUUGCUUCCCUUUCUUGAGUCCUCACGUUCUGACCUAUUCUUUCUGUUCAUAAAACAUAAGUGAAAUGUCCCUUUAUAUACAGCUGGUUUUUUUAAAAAUAGUGUAGGAAAUACAUAAUUAUGGUAAAUUAUUUGCAGAUUAGAAUACCAAAUUAUCUCACAUAUUUCUUAUUUUAUCAAAACAUACAAGAUUGAAGCUCAGUGGGUUUUAUAAGUCUUAGUUUUCAUAAUACCUUCUAAGGAAGAGAAAGAUGUAGGUUAUACAAAGACUUGGAGAAAAGAAUUACCUAGGUCAGGAUGUCAGACAUGGCUUUGAGCACGAUGAGAGUCAGUGCCCAGGAAUCACAGCGCAGGUGUAGGGGAAAGUCAUAGUACAAACAGAUGCUACUGUUAGAGAGAUGUGUAAUAAUACUUUACUUUGUGUAGGACCCCACAUCUGAGGAAUCUCAAGAGCAUUACACAAUAAUUCAUGGUUCCUUUCAAAAUGCUUGUGACACAGAUUGCAAGGAUUAUCCUCAUCUUAGGGGAUAAGUUUUCGGAGAAAUGGCAGCACAAGUUGAGCAGGUUGUUGCCCUGGAUGCCCAGAAUAUCGUAGCUGUUGCGUGUGGAGAAGCCCACACAUUAGCACUGAAUGACAAGGGCCAGGUGUACGCUUGGGGCCUCGACUCUGAUGGACAGCUUGGCCUACAGGGAUCAGAGGAAUGUAUCAGAGUACCCAGAAAUAUUAAAAGUCUUUCGGAUAUCCAGAUAGUGCAGGUUGCGUGCGGUUACUAUCAUUCACUUGCACUUUCUAAAGCAAGUGAAGUUUUCUGUUGGGGACAGAAUAAGUAUGGCCAGCUGGGUCUAGGCAUUGACUGUGAGAAGCAGACUUCGCCGCAGCUGAUUAAGUCUUUGCUUGGCAUACCAUUCAUGCAGGUCGCAGCAGGAGGAGCCCAUAGUUUUGUACUCACCCUUUCUGGAGCUAUCUUUGGAUGGGGACGUAACAAAUUUGGUCAGCUAGGUCUUAACGAUGAAAAUGAUAGGUAUGUUCCUAAUUUACUAAAGUCACUAAGAUCUCAGAAAAUAGUUUAUAUUUGUUGCGGAGAAGAUCAUACUGCUGCAUUAACCAAGGAAGGUGGAGUGUUUACCUUUGGAGCUGGGGGCUAUGGCCAGCUGGGUCAUAAUUCUACCAGUCAUGAGAUAAAUCCCAGGAAAGUUUUUGAACUCAUGGGAAGCAUUGUUACUCAGGUCGCUUGUGGAAGGCAGCAUACCUCUGCAUUUGUUCCUUCUUCAGGACGAAUUUACUCCUUCGGUCUUGGUGGUAAUGGGCAGUUGGGAACUGGUUCAACCAGCAACAGAAAAAGCCCUUUCACUGUAAAAGGAAACUGGUUUCCUUAUAAUGGACAGUGUCCACAAGAUAUUGGUUCUGAAGACUAUUUCUGUGUCAAAAGAAUUUUCUCGGGUGGAGAUCAAAGCUUUUCACAUUACUCUAGUCCGCAGAACUGUGGACCUCCAGAUGACUUUAGAUGCUCUGACCCUUCAAAGCAGAUCUGGACAGUGAAUGAAGCUCUGAUUCAGAAAUGGCUCAGCUACCCCUCUGGAAGGUUCCCUGUGGAGAUAGCCAAUGAGAUAGAUGGAACAUUUUCUUCGUCUGGCUGCCUAAAUGGAAGUUUUCUGGCUGUUAGCAAUGACGAUCACUAUAGAACAGGCACCAGAUUUUCAGGGGUUGACAUGAACGCUGCUAGACUCUUAUUCCACAAACUUAUACAACCCGAUCAUCCUCAGAUAUCUCAGCAGGUGGCAGCUAGUUUGGAAAAGAAUCUAAUCCCUAAACUGACUAGUUCCCUACCUGAUGUUGAAGCUCUGAGGUUUUAUCUUACCCUGCCAGAGUGUCCCUUGAUGAGUGACUGCAACAAUUUCACAACAAUAGCAAUCCCCUUUGGUACAGCUCUUGUGAACCUAGAAAAGGCACCACUGAAAGUACUUGAAAACUGGUGGUCAGUACUUGAACCUCCACUAUUCCUCAAGAUAGUAGAACUUUUUAAGGAAGUUGUGGUACAUCUUUUGAAACUCUACAAGAUCGGCAUUCCCCCUUCUGAAAGAAGAAUUUUCAACAGUUUUCUUCAUACCGCAUUAAAGGUUUUAGAAAUAUUGCAUAGGGUAAAUGAGAAAACAGGACAUCUUAUCCAAUACGACAAGUUUUACAUCCAUGAAGUCCAAGAGCUGAUAGACAUAAGGAAUGACUAUAUCAACUGGGUCCAGCAGCAAGCCUAUGGAGUGGAUGUCAGCCAUGGAGUAACUGAGUUGGCAGACAUCCCGGUGACAAUUUGUACAUACCCAUUUGUAUUUGAUGCCCAGGCAAAGACCACUCUGCUGCAGACAGACGCAGUCUUGCAGAUGCAGAUGGCCAUUGACCAGGCCCACAGGCAGAAUGUCUCCUCUCUCUUUCUCCCAGUGAUCGAGUCUGUGAAUCCUUGCUUAAUUCUAGUUGUUCGCAGAGAGAAUAUUGUAGGAGAUGCCAUGGAAGUCCUCAGGAAAACCAAGAAUAUAGAUUAUAAAAAGCCACUCAAGGUUAUAUUUGUUGGAGAAGAUGCUGUUGAUGCAGGAGGUGUUCGCAAAGAAUUUUUCUUGCUUAUCAUGAGGGAAUUGUUGGAUCCUAAAUACGGCAUGUUUCGAUAUUAUGAAGAUUCCAGGCUCAUUUGGUUUUCAGAUAAGACAUUUGAAGACAGUGAUUUGUUCCACUUAAUCGGUGUUAUCUGUGGAUUAGCAAUUUAUAAUUUUACCAUUGUGGACCUCCAUUUUCCUUUGGCUUUAUAUAAGAAACUGCUGAAAAGGAAGCCAUCCCUGGAUGAUCUGAAAGAGCUGAUGCCAGCCGUCGGGAGAAGCAUGCAGCAAUUGCUGGACUAUCCAGAAGAUGACAUAGAGGAAACAUUUUGUCUAAACUUUACGAUCACAGUUGAGAACUUCGGUGCAACAGAAGUAAAAGAGCUGGUUCUGAACGGCGCAGACACUGCUGUUAACAGACAGAAUCGGCAGGAGUUUGUUGAUGCCUAUGUGGAUUACAUAUUCAAUAAAUCAGUGGCAUCUUUAUUUGAUGCUUUCCAUGCGGGCUUUCAUAAGGUCUGUGGAGGAAAAGUUCUUCUGCUCUUCCAGCCUAAUGAAUUACAAGCUAUGGUUAUUGGGAAUACAAAUUAUGAUUGGAAAGAACUGGAGAAGAAUACAGAAUACAAAGGAGAGUAUUGGGCAGACCAUCCCACGAUAAAAAUUUUUUGGGAAGUGUUUCAUGAAUUACCACUAGAGAAGAAGAAACAAUUUCUAUUAUUUUUGACAGGUAGUGAUCGAAUUCCCAUUCUUGGUAUGAAGAGUCUGAAACUAGUCAUCCAGCCAACAGGAGGCGGUGAGAGCUAUCUCCCGGUUUCCCAUACCUGUUUUAAUCUUCUAGAUCUCCCAAAAUAUACAGAGAAAGAAACCCUCCGAUGUAAACUGAUCCAAGCUAUUGAUCACAAUGAAGGCUUCAGUUUAAUAUGACCUUGGAGUUCUGACUUUCCUGUUUAGUGCAAAAACCACUCGUGUUUCUCUUGUGAAUUCAGCAGUGAGAGUUACUUCUGUAAUUCUUACUUACAAAUUGUUCACUACUGUACUGAUGAAAGCCAAAAAUUAAAAACUGAGCAUUAAUACUAAACUGUACAGAACCAUGAAUUGUCCAUCCUCAUAAACAUACGAGUAUUGUGGAUACAUUAAAGUUUUACGCACAGGGAUUUUAAGAGUUUGCGUAUUUCGGGAAUUACCUGAUGUGUGGGUGCAUGGAAAUGUUGCUUACUGUUUCUUCAAUCACUGGGGAAAGACGACGAUGGCCUGCCGACAGUCAUUUGAUUAUUUUUCCAUUUUGUAAAUAAAAAUUUUGUAAUAAAAUA